CCAGCUGAACAGUAAGUCAAGUUUUUGGGCUUUCAAAUUAUUGUCACCAUGAUUGUUACUUUGACUGCCCAUGAAAGUUGUACUGGACCUAAUGGACAGCCCUGAUCAAUUGAUUGGGCUGUCCAAGUCUCCUGAUGCAAUUCAUGAUAUUCGAAUUGAAAAAAUGGUUUAAAGUACGUGGUGCAAUUCAUGAUAUUCGAAUUGAAUAACGGUUUAAAGUAUGAAGCGCAACACAUUCCUUGCAUAUUCUCUAUGGACAAAUCAGCUCAAAAACAGUGAUAGCAUCAAAUCUGCAUGAUUUGGUUAAGAGAGUUAGGAAAGAAAUGCAUAGAAGUAUGAGGUUUCUCCUAUAUAUACAUUUCCUACAUGCUACCCAGCUUAAUUACAGCAUAACUGAUAGUAAAGGAACUUCAAUUCAGCCAUGAAGGGUGGUGCUAUGAAAGCUGCAAUUUGGCUGGUCGUCCUGGUUUUUAUGGCUAGCAUGGUGCAGCACGGGGUGGGUCAGGGGUGCCCCAGGACCUUCUUCGGUGCCCUUGUUCAGAUGAUACCAUGCAGGCCGUCAGUUGCUCCAUUCAUCCCCAUACCGCCUAGCGAGCCCUGCUGCAAUGCACUGAGAAUGCUCGGGCAACCUUGCCUCUGUGUGCUUGUGAAUGGCCCACCCAUAUCUGGCGUUGACCGCAAUAUGGCCAUGCAACUCCCGGCCAAAUGCAGUGUUAAUUUUGAGCCAUGUGAUAUUGGGGGUGGAGUAUGAAUUACCAAAGCAUGCUUAGUCAUAAGAGAAAUAAAGUGCUACGUUGCUUCAGAAAAUGAAAAAAGAAUUAGGCAAGCUUACAAAUGUAAUAUGUUUAUCUAAUUAUAAAUAAUGACUCUGCUCAGGAGCAUUUGUAAUUUUGUUAAGUUAUUAGUAUUUAUUUUAUUAAAAUACUUUUUAGUGACU